CAAGACUGCAUCGGGCGGCUCGCCUGCGACAUGGCCCUCCACGGACACCGGCUGGACUGCAAGCGAGAGCUGGCGGGUCGGACGCCGGCUCGCUGUUCGGUCCAGUGCCGCCAGUCCUUCGUGUCGCUGGCGACCACGGAAGAAGGCUUCACGUACCUGCUCUGCGAUUGCGGCCGCGACGAGUACUGCCGCGCGCUGCGGCGCCGCACUUCGAGCUGCUGGUGGGAACAGCCCUGGGCGAACCAUAGCUUCGCCCAGCGAGGAUCGUCGAAGCCCACCUGCUCGGGGCUGACCGUGGAGUGCAUGGACGAUCCGGUGUGCUCGCUGGCGUGGGACUACUACCGGCGGUUCUGCCACGAGGUGCUCGACGGUUCGGCGCCGCAGUGUUCGACGAGGUGUCGGAACAGCGUGAGCAUCUUGCUCAGGAUGGAGCGUGCCCACAGGGCGUUGGAGUGCGAGUGCGAUGGUGGGGCGCUCAGGACGUCUUGCGCGGACGAGAUCAGCAGGGUGAGAACAAAGUGCUUUAUGUUGGAUGACGUCGACGCCAACAGCACUACGUCACCGGCGCCGUCGGCCGGAACGGGUGUCCUCGCCCUGGUUGGGAUUAUGUUGUCUUUUGGCGUUCUUUGA